AUGCUUUUACCUUCUGGAGAAGUCAUCAAGAAAAAGAGACCGAUAAUACACAGUUCAAGCAGCGAUGAAGAGGAAUUCUUCACGGAAGAAGAAAAAUCUGAAAAUACUACAGGCGCAAACAUCAUAAGCUUCGAGAGUUCUCUACCCGAAAAAGAUGAUUUUGUUUCAGUUGAGUACGAUGGUGAUUACUGGCCGGGCAGGUGGUUACAAGUAGAAAGUGAGGGAGCUUUUAUAAAAUGCAUGGCAAAAUGUGGAAAACUGUGGAGAUGGCCAGAAAAGGAGGACUGCAUAUUUUAUGCCAAAAACGAAAUUAAGCUUUCCGUAAAUGCUCCAAACCAAGUUUCAACAAAACGUCAUCCUUUCAGUGUCCCUGCUCUGAGCUUGCUUAAUUAG